UAACUAAAGUCACAGCCUAAUGUUAGAAAAAUUGUAUAAGGGAGAGUAUCAAGGGGAAGAAAUAGAAUACGCCGUAUUUUUAUCUAGUAACCACCACCUGUUACCACCUUUCAAAUAUCCAAAACUGACGAGUCGAAGACGGUGGAACUUUAAAAGAACUGACCGAAGUUGUUUGAUCCCGAUUAGACCCAGAAGGAUAUAACUAUGAGUUACAAUUAUCCAGGCGGCUAUCCAACUGGAAUAAACCCUCCCCCUCCUUAUAAUCCUGGUUAUCCAUCACCUUAUACACAAGGUUAUCCAUAUCCUAUGCCACCACAGGCUUCUUCGACCAUGUACGUCUCACCACCAGGUGGUAGCACUAGUGUGACCUAUGUCACUCCAACUCCGCCACCACCGCCUCCAAAUACUGUCGUAAUUACCCAAAGACCCGUGCGGCCACAGAAUACGGUUAUUAUACAGGAAGAGCGUCAUCCCCCUCCACGGCGCGGGUUCGGAGCAGGUCUAGUAGCUGGAGCUAUUGUUGGAGGCGCCUUAGAUGCUGCUUUUCAUGGGGGACACCAUAAUCACCACCAUCACCAUCGUCCGCCGUUUCACCAUCGCCAUCACCAUCACCACUGACAUGAAAGUGGAAGGUGUCUAAGAAGCAGAAAAAAAAAUUGAUAAUUAUCUAAUAUCUCAAAAGAUAAAUACUUAUUUUUAAAUAACUAAAGUACGGGCAUUUUUAAAAUGAUGACACGAAACGAUUGUCGUAUUUGAGAUAAUUUUUAUGUGAAUAACGUCAUUUACUGAAUCAAUAAUUCUUAAAUAUUUGCCAUGAUAUUUGCACGAAAUAUUGUCGGUUUUGAAUAUAAAAACCUAUUGUGGAGAAGGAACUAUUGAAAUCUUUGUGUGUAUAAUAAAUGCAAAAAAUAUAUAGA